AUGGAUGUCACCAAUUCGCAAGCCCAAGUACAACUAGCAUCCGUAAAAAAUCAAAUGUUAAAUCAAUUUGAAUACUUACCGAAUUCCAACGGCAGUGAUUUCAAAUUGAUUCGAAGUGAUUGCAAAGUUAAAUGGACAGACGGUAAAGAAUUUAUCUAUCACAAUAAUACAAUUCAUUCAAGGCCAUCGUUUCUAUCACCUUUGUCAAAAUUGUUACAAUAUGCAUAUGUUGAUCAACACAAUGACGAUAAUGUGAACGUGAUACUACGGAAUUUAUUCUUGCAAACAAUUCAUCGACUUUUCACGCAACAUUUGAAAACAUCAUCACCGAGUCAGGAAUUAGCGCAAGCUGAUUUGAAAGAUUUUUUUCUCUAUUUCUUGAAUCACGCGGACGAAAACGUACGUCAAACGGGCACGAAACUCGUCACAACAUUUGUUAACGAUUUAUCCGCAUCGGCCGAUGUCGAUCUGCCACCAUUGAUUUCAUGUUCAACUAUGAAACAUCUAUUUGAAUCGAUGAUUGAGAAUGAACAUUUUCAAAUCGAUGAAAUCAUAUUAAAUGGAUGCUUGCGUUCAUCGUUGAACUGGUCAAUCGAUGAUCUCUGUUCACUGUUGACAUCCUUAUCGAUACAUACAACUCGAUUUUGCCGAAUUAUUGAAAGAAUGUCGUCAAUAUGUUUUCGAUGA